ACAAACAACAGAAAUGUGAAUUUGCAAUAGAUGGCUAUGAGGUCAGAAUGAAUAACACUCUUAGGAAGGAUGCAAAGAAAGAUUGUUGCUUUGAAAUCUCUGCUCCUGAUAAACGGAUGUAUCAGUUUACAGCAGCUUCUCCCAAAGAUGCUGAGGAAUGGGUGCAGCAGCUGAAAUUUGUAUUACAAGAUAUGGAAUCUGAUAUUAUUCCUGAGGACUAUGAUGAAAAAGGAGAAUUAUAUGAUGACGUUGAGCAUCCUCUACCAAUCAGCAACCCACCAACAAGUGGGCAGCCAGUAGACGAUGAAAUUUAUGAGGAACUUCCAGCAACAACAACAACAAAAAAGCGCGGAUCAGGAAAGCUGUCUGAAUUUAGCAGAUCCCAAGGCUGCACAGUGAAGCCGUGUUUGAAAAGCGCUCGGUGUUUCUCAACUGGCCAGCGCAGAGCUGAGGUAUUGAAACAAUUUUCACCAACACUCGAGAAAAAUAAAGCCAUCCAGAAGAAGUGUCAGGGAACAAAGAGAAGGAGAAAUGGAGUAUCUAAAGGUCGGAGAACUUGCCGGAGAGAAGUAGAGGAGGGGAGGAAGCUGCUUUCUAUUCUGAAAAGUCCCAUGAGCCAGAAUAAUGAUUUCCUCCGCUUUCGGCAACUGUUAUGUCCAGACCCGCUCUGUAGGGUGUGUAAUAGAACAGCAGCUAAGGUCAGUCAACUGAUCUGUAAGGCGUCCUUGGAAGAUGCUCUUAAUUCUGUGUCCCGUGUGUCUUCCGUGACGUCUGUGAGAGAGUCAUCAGUUUUUCUGUCUGAUGUUGUCUCUGCAAUCCCUCUGGGAGCUUCAGUUUCAACUCCUUUAACUGAGCCAACUCUAUUUCCUUCCUCUAUUCAUUCACCUGACCAAAUUACCCCUUUAAUGGACCUACCUGGACCCUCAUUACUGGGUGACUCUCUGCCACCAGAGCCUUCUCCCUUGAGUUCAAAAUUGCCAGUGGAUCAUAUCCCACCUCAAACAUCUGUUCCAACUCCUCCCCCACCUGUUCCAACCCUUCCCCCACCAACUGACAGUCAAGAAGCAAAACCUGUUCUCCAACCAGAAGCCCCUUUGUCUCUGGUGGAUAGCCCUGAUGGGUUGUCUACUAAUGUCCCAACAACCACAUGCACUGACAGUGCAAGCCUUCCAGUGUCAGAGUUCUCUGGAAACCAGUCUCAUGCUGAAAACUUGUCUCCAUCUAAAUUGGAGCACUCUGAUGAUGACAAAAACCUCCUCGACCUCCAUCCUCCUGAGGCCUCUUUUGAGAGUGAUACUACAGCCAUCCUUGUAGAGCCCGGAAACCUCUCAUUUCUAUGCCCUGAUGUCUUGGCCCUUCUGGAGAGACAUAUAAAAAAGAAGGGUGAUUUCCUGAUGCAGAACAAAAAGAAAAAGGAAAAAAAAAUCUUUUCCAAAAGAACUUAAGCCAG